UGCCUGAAGUUGAUGCCGCGAAAUGCGGUGCUCUGAUCACUCUAUGAGUGGUGUACGAAGUAGGUGAAGGCUAGGAGUAGAUUCGGGAACGACGUCGAGCAUGCCGACUGAGCUAUUCCGAUCUUGGCUGGGUUCAACGCGCUUCGGCCCGGAUUUGGAUCGCAGUCCCGAAUGUUUCAGAACGCAAACAUCAAGGAGCAUCGCGCCGAGCAGUCGGAAGACCUUCAUCCUGAAUGACAUGAGUAAUGUCAUGGCAACAAUGGUGGGCAUAUCAGGCGCGGCAUUGUCCCCGUAGCAUACGAUAAGGCGCAGGACAGAGUGAUAUCGAAACGGUCACGCGACCAGGCGGGCCACAGAAGUCGGGAAUAGCGCUGUAGGCAGGCCUCUCAACAGGCCCCGUCGCAAACGACAAUCAGCAGUAUGGCGUUCAAUUUCAACUGGUCGCCGCUCAUUGCCGACACUGAGAGGGUGCGGGACAUGCUCACCAACUCGUUGAAUAAGUCUCCGAAGCCUCCAAUCAUUGUUGAUGAUAUUUUGGUCAAUGAGCUCAACCUCGGGUCUACGCCGCCUUCUCUCGAGAUACUGGAGAUUGGCGACCUCGCAGAAGAUCGGUUCAGGGGUAUCUUCAAGAUGAGCUAUAGCGGUGAUGCCUAUCUCACGCUUAAGACGCGAGUACAGGCGAACCCACUCAAUACCUUUCUGAGUACGAAGCCGAGCUUCGCCAGUCCGCAGCCAUUAGCUGCGAGCAGUGGACUCACUAUACCAUUGCAGAUCACCUUGUCGGACAUACGCUUGAGUGGGUUUGUGAUCCUUGUCUUCUCGAAGCAGAAGGGUAUUACUUUGGUUUUCCGCAAUGACCCGCUGGAGUCGCUGAAGGUAUCGAGCACUUUCGACGCCAUACCUUUUGUACGCGACUACCUGCAAAGAACCAUUGAGAGCCAGCUGCGGACUCUGUUUAUGGAGGACCUGCCGGCUAUCAUUCACAAAUUGUCCUUGCGUUUGUGGAGCCAGGAGCAUCAGACAGCCGACAUUCAAGAGCCAAGCAAAGCAGAAUAUGAUGGACCGGCACCAAUAGACCCAUUUGCGAGUCCGGCGCAGCAACCUCUGGACGCGCAAGGAGACCCUUUGGAGGGUGUCGCGCCAUUCACGCUGGACACUCCUUCAGAGACUUACGCUUCGUUCUCUCAGAAGAACCUUCUUCGACUUGCUGCGCUUGCUGAGAGUCAACGGACUCUGAGCCUCUUCACGCCGGGCAUGCGGGACACAGUGUACCGAGCCUGGGCAAACGCAGCUGAUCGUGGCGAGCUAAGCAAUGGCGCAAGCACACCUCUUAACAGGCCGGCAACCCUUUCCAGGAUUCAGUCUACAUUAGGCAGUCACUCUGCUGGGUCUUCGUCUGCGCCCUCGCAGGCUUCAGACUCACUCUCGCAAGCGACCCGGCCUAGUUUAGCAACCAUGGCUUCUGCACCGACGACGUACACGCUGGGCUCCACGUCUCGCCCACGCGCGGCUCGCAAGCGGAAGAACAGGAUCGUCGACCUCCGCAAAGACAGAGGGGAGAAGGAUGCGAGCGAUGCAGCCAGUGUCUCCAGCGGGUAUGCUGAAAGUGCAAGCCAGAGCGCAAGUGGCUCAGCUAACCAAAGCAUGCCCGCCACGGAACCGUCAAGUCUGCCAAGCAGCAUGUUCCGGGACGGUGAGGUCGCGACCCCUCCCCGUAGUCCGCGGAAGAAAGUCGGGUUUCAGCGACCUGCGUCGGAUGCCGGCGGCAGAGCAGCAGCAGAUUCUACCCUUCGAGGCCGACCCGUCACGCCCCGUGCUCAGAACGCUGCGCAUGUCGAUCAGACGGCUGAUGAUGAGACACCACGUGCAUCACUCUAUCUGCCCGAGAAGCAGCAAACACGUCAGCGCAAUGACGAGCCGAAGCAGCGCGGCUCCCGGCAAGCCCUUCCACGUAUGCAAACGCUGCCAGUACGGCCUAAGCCUCCAACGUUCGCCCGAUCGUCCUCGGAAGUCAGCCUGCGGAAUCUGGCACCUGCUGCUUUCGCAAUUGACGGUCAAGGUAGCAGUGGGGGGAUCUUGGAGCAGGCGUGGAUGAUGAAGAUGGCGACGGAGAUCGCGCGCAGGGUCGCCGAGGAAAAGACGCCGCAGGGACGACUGUGGCGACCUGGUUCAGAUGACGGACAGGACGCCACCGGUGGACGAGAAGCACCGCCGGCGUAUGCAUCGUGAUGACCUUUGUAUUCAGGUCUAAUGUCUUGGUAUUGAGCAAGCGUGGUGUUUGGGGUCUCGGCUUGUGAAGGUCAGUUACUUGCUUACUCACAAGCUUUUCCUCUGUGAGACUAUGAAGGAACAUAUCCGCUCGAAGGCCGUGUCAAU